UCUAACAAGUUAUUUACCAAGCUUCAGUCUUAGUUUAAGUGUUCGCGAAAUAAGUUGAACUUAAAUCUUUUGCAAAUCAAAAAAUAUGUCAGUAAUGCUGAAUAAAUUUUUGAUUUCAUUCAUAAUAAUUUGUUCCUCUCAUUUUGUGUUAUCAAUGGAAAAAGGGUUAUACACCAUUGUGGCACCAGGGACAAUCAAACCGGAGUCCUUAUUUCAUCUUUCCUUAUCACUAAACGACUAUCACUCACCCUGUUGUUUUAACAUAAGUUUUAUAAAUUUCUUCAAUAACAAAAAUCUCUAUGAAUAUGAAAGCAUUUACAUUGAACCGAAAACAACUAAAUUGGUUGAACUACGUGCGCCUUCCGUCGACAGCAUACUUGUUAACUUGGAAGUCUUAGGAUAUUGUGGUGAGCUAACCAAAGAUACAGCUUUAAUAUACUUCGAAAACGAGCCAUUUUGGACAUUUAUUCAAAUCAACAAGUUUAAAUACAAACCUGGUGAAUGGGUACAAUUUCGUAUAAUUUGUAUUGAUCAAUUGACAAUACCAGCAAAAUUGAAUCAAAACAUAAUUAUAAAUAUUUAUGAUGGAAAACAUAAUCUCGUUAAGACUUUUUUUGACGUGAAACUCGAAAAGGGUGUUUUUAAAAGUAAAUUUUUGAUUUCCAAACAUGCUGUUUUGGGUCAAUGGAAAAUAAGAGUCACUUCGAAGGAGAUUUUUCAACAGAAAACCUUUGAAAUUGAAAAAUACGAAGUUCCGAAAUUUAAUGUUUACAUCAGAACAAAGAAAAUUGUGUCUAUUUAUGAUGAUCAGAUUGAGUUGGAAGUAAGCGCCAGCUAUUUCUCCGGAGAACCCGUCAAAGGAAAUUUAUCAAUUAACUUAAGUAACACCGAUCUUCCAUGGCAUAAAUGGGUACCACCCCCUCCAUCAAUAUCGCGAGAAUCCAAAAUCAAUGGAAAAUCAACAAUUUUUAUUAAUUUAAGGAAUGAUCUUCAGCUAGAAAAAGAAAAUGAAGACAUUAGUGAACCUCUAGCACCUUUUUCACCACCAAUUACACCUUACGAAUUUCAUAUAGAGGCUUAUGUUAUCGAUGCAUUAAGUGGAGAAGAGUCAUGGACGACUACAGAAAUUGAAGUAAACAGUCAGCCUUUUAAAAUUAAUUUCGAAGCUCCAAGUGAAUUUGAUUCUGAUGAAAACGUCUUUAAUAUUAAGGUAAAAGUUAGUGUGAAAGAUUUUCAGAACAAUGAAAUUCAGGAUAUUAAAACUACGAUUGAAAUUAUAGUUGGAUGUUACGAAAAAAUUGAUAAAUAUAUUCGUAGUUAUGCAGAUUUUGAUGAAGUUCGAAUUGAGUAUAGAAAAGAAAUGGGAAAAGAUUUUUCCAUAAUCAGUGUGAAAAACAAAAAUUAUACAGAAUGUUAUUUAUAUGCAAAAUAUCAAAGAAUUAAAUCUUCUACACUAAGAAUGUACAAGCAAGUCAAAACAUUUGCAAUGGAAGUUUUAACAGAAAAUCCUAAAGAAGGAAAAGAGCUUGAAGUAAAAAUUACAAAUCCAGAACCAUUGGAAGAGUUUUCAUAUGAAGUUUUUGCAAGAGGAGACAUAAUUCAAUCGGAACGAGUUAUUGUACCCGGAAACCAAACGUUUUAUGUCCUUCGCUUGAAUGUGACGUUUUUGAUGGUUCCAAGAAUUACAAUUUAUGCUCACCACAUUAAGAAUGGACAUUUUAGUGGGCAGUUGAAGGAUGUUGUCAUCAAAAGAGCUUCACAAAAUUCCAUUAAAAUUGAAAGUGUCAAUGAAACCAAACCCGAUUCACUCGUUAGCAUUAAAGUUACAACAGACAAAGGCUCCUAUGUGUGUUUAAUGGCACUCGAUCAGAGAGGUCUUGAUAACAUUGACGAAACUUAUAUUUUCAAUGAGGAAAAUGUUAAUAUGAAACUAGGAAAUGUUAAUUCCGUAAGAUCUUAUAAUAUCCCGUUUUAUGGCAGAACAGAAGAUGUCAUAACUUUUUCAAACGUUUUUCCAACUGGUCGAGAAAAUGGAAGAAGUGGAGGAGAUUUCCCAAGAGUAUUUUACACAAAACCCAUUAAAAAACGGUAUCCCGAAAGUUGGUUAUUUAAUGAUUUUGAAGGGUCCCCAGAAGGAGGUUUUACUACUUUGGAAAAUACACCUGACACAAUUACUACAUGGGAAAUAACUGGAUUUUCACUUCAUCCUGAAACUGGAUUGGCUUUUACACAGAUUUCAACAAAUUUGAAAGUUUUUCAAAAUUCUUUCAUUUCAAUGGAUUUACCCAUCUCUUUGGACAAAGUUGGAAUAUUAAAAGUUAAUAAUGUUACCAAUUAUUUGACAAACCAAGACAAUUUGACUAAUAUGUCAGUUGAAUGCAAUAAUGAGGAUUUUGAUUUUAUGGAAGAGAACAUACAAAAAAACGAUAUCAGAAUCGCGGAUCCUAAAAAUCCUGCACCUGAAUCUCAAAAAAUGCAUAUUUAGGUAAUUGGUGCAUGAUGGAGUUCCAAAUAAGAACAGUAUUAUUUUGGUUUGUAUUUUCGACUUACAGACAUUUUUCAAUACAAAUUAUUUUCAAAUUUCAAACUUUGCAAACCCAAGAUUAAAAGAAAAUUUCUUAAGUGGUUGCUUGUAUACAUUGAAAGAAAAGCCCGACCAAACUGAAAAACAUUCUUCUGUAAUUGAGAUUGAAACAGUCAAUGGAUUUAAUGUAAGGUUAAGAAUACUAAAAGCAAAGGUUUUUAAUUUAUAUGAAAUUAAGAUAAAUUUGUUAAAAACUCAGUAGAAUAAAAAAAUUAAGCAUACAUGUGUACGAAAAAAUA